AUGACCUUCAGAUGCUCUGAAGACAUUAUUGUCAAGGCAAUCGCCAACCAAAACGAUUAUACUGAAUAUACCACUUUGCUGUUCCUUGAGACUAAGUCGGGUAUUCCUUCUCCAAAACCUUAUGGAUUGGUGAACGUGAACAAUGUCACCCUGACUUUCAUGAGCUACUUGCCUUCAACGACUUUGAACGAAGUUUGGACCUCGCUAAAUUCCGCACAAAAUACAUAUAUAAGUGACCGAUUGGACACAAUGCUCUUAGAGUUAAGGUCUAUUCCUUACUCUGAGGGGACACCAUCUGGUGGGGUGGGAGGCGAAGGAUGCAAAGACAUCAGGAGACACCUACGACACAGCUCGACACUGAUCAUGACCAGGAGCCAAUUCGAUGACUUUUUGUCUAAUCGUUCGACUCCGAAUGGAGAUGUAUUUCGCGAGCGGCUUCGUCGGCUAUCACCAUCAACUGACGACUCAGGAACUAGUGACUUGGCACCACGUGGUGUAUUCACUCACGGAAAUCUCGCACCGGACAACAUUGUUGUCGAGGCAACUGACAGCGGCUACGCGAUCACAGGUCUUCUAGAUUGGGAAUACAGUGGCUUCUACCCGGAAUGGUACGAAUCUGUCCGGUGUACCUACUACCUAUCACCUUACAGCAACGACGACUGGUUUCUGUAUCUGCCCGAUUGUGUUUCGCCGAAACGUUACUCCCACUGGUGGCUUCUUGAUUCCGCUCGAGAGCGACUGGAAUUAUAG